AUGUCGCUGUGGAAAUCGAUUGAAGAGAUUAUGAGACAUCCUGGAAAAAGAUUGGCAACACUGUCAGUUAUUGGCUUGGCAUUCAUGAUAGGUGCCGUUGCCGCUCCUGUGUACCUUCCAAAAAGAGACAUUAAAAGUGAAUUGCAACAACUUCAAAAACAAGAACAAUUUAGAACUGCAGAGGCUUUUCGUCGUUCGGAAGGAAAAUAA